UCUGUUAAAAAGAUUUGGCUGGCAUAUUAUUUGGCGAAAAAUUGUGCGCUUAUUAGAAAUGAAGCACUUAUUAAUUGUGAUCUUUGGCUUAUUGUUCAAACAAGCCCAGUCGUUCUUCGGUGGAGGAUUCGGUGGGAUUGGUCUGGGACUGGGCUACGGUUGGUGGGGCGGUUAUCCUGGAUUCGGAUUCCCUUGGCUGGCACCCCCGCUGGGUUACCAGAUCAACACCGGCUCCAUUUAUGGCAGCCCCGGUGUGGGAUUCUACUAUCCGCCAGACCGUGGGGGUGCCGGUGCAUAUGGUGGUGGCGUGUCGAGCUAUAGCGGAGGUUCAUCCGGAGGCGGGCCGAACAUGCCUCCCAGUAAUCCCGAUAUUCAGAACAAGGGUCUGCAGGCGGCUCCCGAUAAUUUGAUUCCGAAUACGCCAGCAAAAAGUAUGCCAGGGACGUCCAGCUCCCCGGGAAUCGCAGGCAGCUCACUUGGUAUUAACCCAGUUGCGACCGGUACCGGCUUAAACGCAAUCCCCGGCAAUAUACCCACUGGAAUACAAAGCUUGGCGGGAAGUGUUUCUGUUACCGGCGGCGCACCUGGAAACGCAGGCGGUGGUGUUCCCGGCGGCGCACCUGGAAACGCAGGCGGUGGUUCAAGCGGAGCUGCCGCAGCAGGUGGCGCGAGUUCGGGAGGAGCGGCUGGCUCCGGUGGUGGCGGCGGUUCUGGAGGUAGCAGCGGUGGCCGCUAGGUAUAUUAGCACAAGGCUGAUCUUCGGGUGGAACUGUUACUAUUGUUGUUAUAGGUUGCAAUACACCGUACACAUAAUAUGCGUUAAUUUCACCAUUUUUAACAGCGGUUUGCACAUGUUUGUUUGACAUAUUGUUUUAUCGUUUUGAAGCGCUGAUUUAAUUCUCAUUCUUUUCUUAGUUUAGCCGGAAAAAAUUAAGAGAUGAUAUCGAACAUGAAUAAAUAUAAUAAA